AUGCAAUUCGGAGGGCGACGCGAGGUGUCGCUGCGCGGGGCGAGCGCGCGCGAGGUGUCGCGGAACGCGCUACUGAACAAGGUGGCGGAAGAGCGCGCGGCGCGCAGCAAGGCCCGCAAGUCCGCGGCCUCCGCCGCGCUCAUUCAGCGUGUGUGGCGUGGCAGGAAAGCAGCUUGCGUCGCUCGCCAGCUCGUCCAAUCCGAGUGGGACACGUGGCAUGCUUCCCGCAUGGCAGCAGUGGGGGGCCAGCCCCCAGCGCCUCUAACAGCCGAUGAAGUUUCCCAGAAGCUUCUGGCGCCGGUGCUGUUCUUGCUGUGGGAUGCGCGGAAAAGGGAGUGGAGAAUUGGAGGGAGGGGGGAGGGGGGGAAAGGGGGAAGCAGAGGGGAAGGGGGAGGGACCGGAGCAGGAUCAGGGGCAGGGGGAGGGGCAGGGGGAGGGGCAGGGGGAGGGGGAGGGGGAGGGGGAGGGGGAGGGAUAGGUGGAGGGGGAGCAGGAAAGGAAGUGCAACGGUUACAGUCGGUGCUGGUGUGGCUGUUAAAAAGUCUGGAUUCCCCAGAUCCUGCUACCAACUUCUGCUCCUUGGCCGUCGGCACCCAAUCACAGUGCGCCACGUGGCAGCACCAGGCACAUAGAAUAGUUUCCCUCUGCAGUGCUCUCCUCAGCCUUUUCUCCUCCUCUUCCUCUUCCUCCUCCUCCUCCUCUUCUGCCCCUCCCUCCUCUCACACGCACACCACUACCACCCCAUCAGCACCCUCUCUCCUACUCACAGUUCUCGCCAUGCGUGUCCACGUGUCACUCUGUGACACUGCCACUUGGCGCUUCCUCAAAUCGCCAGCUGUCGCCGCCUCCUCCUCCCCUGAAAGCACCCUGGCAGCAGCAGAGGCUCAGGUGCUUUCUCUGUUGGCAGGUACUGCAUCAGGUGCCACAGGGAUCUACCCUGCACUGCGCAUGCACAUACUGACAAACUCUGCCGCCCCGCCCGUGGACGGCAUGGGCAUCACUGGCAGCAGAUCAGUUUUCCGCCCACAUUCUCACCAUCCCGCUGCUGACGUGGCGCCUGCCAUCCCCCCUCCUCCCUGCCCUGCGCCAUCUGCCUCUCUUUCCCCUCCUCCCUUCCCUGCGCCAUCUGUCAGCGCUCCAACCGUGCCUCCUCUCCUGCCUGCGCAAGGCUCCUUCCCCCCACCCCUCGCGACCCGACCCAUACCACCGACUCACCUCCCAUCCCCCCCCUCCCGGCUGGUCCUAGCUACCCUCUCUGCUGCUCUCUCAUUUGUGUCCCCGACCCCUUUCCCCCUCUCCCUCCCUCCCCUCUGCUAUUUACCUGCCCCUCUCUCUCCCCUCGUGCAGCGCCAGGCUCCUUCCCCCCACCCCUCGCCACCCGACCCAUACCACCGGCUCACCUCCCAUCUCCCCCCUCCCGCCUGGGCUCUAGCAAACGUCUCUGCUCUCGCCACCAGCCCCCCUUCCCUCUCCUCCUCCCCCUCUCCAUCCUCCUCCCCUUCCCCCUCUCCACCCUCUCCUCCUCCUCCUCCCUCUCCCUCACUCUCCUCUGAGCUGUUCCUACCCGGUCUGAACUUGCCACUCUAUGUCCACUCCCUCUGCGCCCUAGCUGCUGCUGUGAUUGACCAUGAGGAGAAAGAGACAGAUUCUGCCGGCCAGGGAAGACCGCCCGGGAGUGCGGGUGAUGAUGACGCUGCGCUGGCUGCGUUCAUAGGCGGGCGGCAGGCUGGUCAAUCAAGUCAACCAGGGUCAACGGCAGCACAACGGUGGUCUACCUUUCUCUCCUCCACGUUCCAGAGACGCGCAGCAGAAGCACAGAGAGGGCGCAGAGGAAGAGGAGGGGGAGGAGGGGGAGAGGGAGGAGGGAGGACGUUUUGGGAGACGCAGACAGGUGACUAUAUGGAAGAGGAUAUUGAUGAGGGGGGAGAGGAGGAGGAGGGGGAGGGGGAGGGGGAGGGGGAGGGGGAGGGAACAGGAACCGGGGGAUUCGAGGGAAGAGAGGGGGGAGAGGGAGGAGGGGAGCGGUGGGAUGUGGAGAGUAUGAGGAAGGGGGUGGCAGGGGUGGCGGCUGACGUGGCAGUGGUGAUGACUGUGUUCUGCCAGGCGUACUCCCACCUGCUGCUCGUGCUGGACGACGAGGAGUUCUACCAGAGACAGGUGGGUGCUGUGUGGGCGUAUGCCCACCUGCUGCUUGUGCUGGAGGAUGAGGAGUUCUACCAGAGACAGGUGGGUGCUGUGCGGUGCAGUACGGUGGGGUGGUGGGAUGUUGGGUUCUGUGCGGUGCUGUGCGGUGGGGUGGUGGGAUGUGGAGCGUAUGAGGAGCGGGGUGGCAGUGGUGAGUGUUCUGCAGGGCGUAUUCCCACCUGCUGCUCGUGCUGGACGAUGAGGAGUUCUACCAGAGACAGGGCGUAUGCCCACCUGCUGCUUGUGCUGGAUGAUGAGGAGUUCUACCAGAGACAGGUGGGUGUGUUGCAGGCGUACGCCCACCUGCUGCUCAUGCUGGAUGAUGAGGAGUUCCACCAGAGACAGGUGGGUGCUGUGCGGUGCUGCGUGGUUGCGAUCCCUUUCUCUCUCUCGGAGCAAAGGGUCAUCGCAGCAACACUCAACACUCUCGUUUACAACACCCUCAUCUCCUCCCCCUCCUCCUCCUCCCCAUCCCCCUCCUCCGCCUCUUCCUCCGCCUCCUCUCCUCUCACCCCCUCGCAAUCCGCUCUCCUAGAAGCAGCCACGCGCUGCCUCCUCCCUCUGCACGACCGAGACUGCAGACGAGCCUUCUGCGAGCCUUCCCUCUGGUUGGCCCCUGCUGAUCGCUGCCCCCCACCUGUUAUCUCGGCAGCAGGUGCAGCCAGACACCAUGGCGUGGGGGGCGAGGGGGGAGGAGGGAUGGGCGCAAUGAUGGGCAGAGGGGCGGAGCACUGGGAGAUGGGGGAGUGGAUGGGGGAACUAGGCAUGGGCGGUGGGGCAGGAGGCGGAGGAGGGGAAAUCGGAGGAGAGGGGGGGGUGAUGAUGGCGGGAGGAGGGAGAGGGAGAGGAGGCGUGGAGAAGGGGAAGGUUCAGCAGAGCGGCUCGGCGAUGGCUGCUGUGCUGCGCACGCUGCCCCAUGUGCUGCCGUUUGAAAAGAGGGUGCACAUAUUCCGGGAGCUGAUUCAAGCGGACAAGGCGCGGCAUGGAUUAGGGGCUGCCCCCGGGAUGGGCAUGGUGCGGCCCGUGGUGGACGUGUCCAUGCGGCGGGAUUUGCUUGUCGAAGAUGCGUUCGUGCGACUAAACCAGCUCGGACCCAUGCUCAAGGGCCGUGUGCGUGUGUCAUUCGUAAAUGCGUUUGGAGCAGAAGAGAUAGGCAUGGACCAGGGCGGACUCUUUAAAGAGUUCCUCACUGACCUUGCUAAAGCAGCCUUCGACCCGGGCUAUGGCCUGUUCCUCCAGGCGGCCACAGAAGAGGGUUACCUGUAUCCACACCCGGCAGCAGCAGCGCUGGGCCACGGCAUUCCCAUGGUGGAGUUUCUCGGCCGCAUAGUGGGCAAGGCGCUAUACGAGGGAAUCCUGCUGGAAUACAGCUUCGCGCCACUCUUCGUCUCCAAGCUAGUGGGGAGAUAUGCCUUUCUGGAUGAGCUCUCAUCCUUGGACGUGGAGCUGUACCGCAACCUCAUGUACCUCAAGCACUACGAGGGGGAUGCCUCGGAAUUGGCAUUAGACUUCACAGUGACAGAAGAGGUGCUGGGAGAGCACAGCAUCGUGGAGCUGUGGCCGGGCGGCAGUCACAUCGCAGUCACCAAUGAGAACAAGCUGCAGUACAUCCAUGCUGUGGCGGACUACAAGCUCAACCGUCAGAUGGCAGCAGUGGUGGCGGCGUUUCUGAGGGGCCUCUCAGAUUUGAUCCAGCCCGAGUGGUUGCGGCUGUUCAGCCCAAAGGAGUUCAAUCAGCUGCUGUCAGGCGGAGAGCAGGACGUGGACGUGGAGGACCUCAGGGUGCACACGAGAUACUCGGGGGGAUACACUGAGAGCGACCGCACCAUCAAGAUGUUUUGGGAGGUGGUGAAGGAGCUAUCGAGGGAGGAGAAGAGCCAGCUGCUCAAAUUCGUGACCAGCUGCUCGCGACCCCCCUUGCUGGGGUUCAAGCAUCUCAACCCGCCUCUCACCAUCCACAAGGUGAAUGUGGACGCGUCCAUGUGGGCUACACUAGGAGGGCCCGAUGUGGGCUGGCUUCCCACUGCUUCCACCUGCUACAACCUGCUCAAGCUGCCCACGUACCAACGAGCCAGCACACUGCGGGACAAGCUUAAGUACGCCAUCUCCUCUGGAACUGGCUUUGAGCUCUCAUGA